ACUCACCAAGGGGCCAUUGGUUUAAGUUACACUAAGGUUUUGACAUUGGGCUUGUCGGUUGGCGCGCAGUUAAAUUUGAAUUUAACUCCAGAUAUCACUCGUGAAAACAGUCUAAAUUGAAAUGGAUUUCGACUUUCAUCUUUCCUCAGCUGAGCUACUCUUAAAAGAGAAGAUAAAAGGGAUAUACAGAAGAAAAACGUGCAAAAGAGUGCUGCUUUAUCAGACUAUGACACAGAGUCGGCGAGAGAGUAGCGUUAGCUUGGCGCUGGAUUUUGCCCAGUCCACCUCACCAUCACAAGGUGUUGUUCUCCAGAGGCGUCUCUUCCACCAUGCUCUAGGGUCUGGCAGGAGGAAGAGUGGCGUAAGGAGAGGCGACGCUGAAGAGGCACAAAAUACAGAGUCAGAUGAGGUACUGCUCAUUAAUGUAGAUGCAGGUUCAGUUGUUGGCCAUGACCGUACUAACUCAGAAGAAUUAACAUGUUGCACUAGUAUGCAGUAUAUGAUCAAACUUGCCCGGAAGCAUCGCAUGAGAGACCAGUUUGGAGACAUUGUCCCAAAUAAACGCAAGGCAAGGUUGCCAGCGUCCAUGGCAAGAUUACCUUCCUUUAAGUGGAAUGCCAUGGAGGGGUUGAGCAGAGUUACCCUCAACAUCAGAAGUCUUAAAUUCGGAACACUGAACCUGAAUUUCAGAGGACCCAUCACUAUUUCAGUGGAUUACAUUGAUAUUCCAGACAAAGUUCAAAUUGCAGCAUCUGAGCUCAUCAGGUGUGAAUGGUGCAUGGCACAUAGACUACCAGCUUUGUUUCUGCAGACUACUGCUGCAGAACAGCAUCGUCUAAGAGACAGCCUUAGUAUGUCCACAGAUGCAAGAAGUUGGAGCAACUGCCAGAGUCAAAAAGAAAAAUAUAUUGUCAUCAUCUUUGAGAGUGAGCCAACAAUGUUGGAGAAGACCACACUAGAAGAGAUAUUUGCUGAGAUAGGCCGACUUAAUUACAUCAGCAACUUUCCAGCCAUGCUGACAUUUGGGGAAGCAAAUGACAGACUAACAGCUUAUGAGCAGUCACACAAAAAUGAGGUUGUACUGCUGGGGGAUGAGGUAGAUGGGCUUCCUCCAAGUCCUUUUACUCCCAAGAUUCUUUUGUUUAUUAAUUCUCAGAGUGAGAUGGCAACCCUUGAAGUGUUGGACAGUGAAGACGAUAAUGUUGAUAUGAUGGCGUGUCCCUCAUCGUGGACUCAACCUGUCAAAAAACUGGUUGUAUAUCCACCACCUCCAGCCAAAGGAGGAUUUUCCAUUACUGAGGAAGAUCUAAGUUGCCUUGAUGAGGGAGAGUUCCUGAAUGAUGUGAUCAUAGACUUCUAUUUGAAGUAUUUAGUCUGUGAGAAGUUACAGAAAGAGGAUGCCAAUCGGUGUCAUGUGUUCAGCUCCUUUUUCUAUAAGUCCCUCACACAGAAAGAUCAAGACACCACAAGUGUAUUCCAACCUCCCUGCAGCAUUAAAGAGAGGAGGCAUAACCGGGUGAAGACAUGGACCAGGCAUUUGGAUCUUUUUGAGAAGGACUUCAUUUUUGUCCCGAUAAACGAGUCGGCUCACUGGUACUUGACUGUCAUCUGCUUCCCGGGCCAAGUUUUACAGUGCUCUGCCUUGGGUCCUUUGGAGAAUGUGGAUUACACUCCCAGCCCCUCUCUGCAAAACCCCAUGUCACUCUUCUACAGACAGAUGGCAUCUGAGCAGCACUACAGGAGGACUAUGUCCAUAGGAGAGCUGGACAUGGGGUUCUGCUUCCUUUCAGAUGAUGAUCUAGAGGAUGAAAUUCAGGAUGAUUUUACCCCGAGUGGAAAUAUCUUCAAUACUGCUUCUAAACGGCCUUGCAUCCUUAUUAUGGACUCACUUAGUUGCCGUUCCAGACCAAUGGUGGUGAAAAUGCUGCAAGAGUACUUGGAGAUGGAGUGGUGGGUGAAAAAGGGCUCCUGGCAGAGUUUUACAAACGGAGCCAUGAAUGGAUGGAGUCUGCAGGUCCCACAACAGCAUAAUCACACUGACUGUGGGGUUUACCUUCUACAAUAUGUAGAGAGUUUUCUCAUGAGCCCACCACAGAUUUUACACAGUGCCAUGGAUCUGAGUGACUGGUUCCCUCAGAAGCUGGUGAAGAAAAAGCGGAAGAAAAUCAAAAAGCUGAUUUUUAGACUCCAUCUUCAACAGCAGCAGCAGCAGCAGCAGCUCCUUGAUUUGGGAGAUUGAUUGACCCCUACAGGUUCUUUAGUUAUUGCAACCUUCUGUGUAUUUCAAAGACUUAGUCCUGCUCAUUAAAAAAAAUCAUCAAUUGACAAA